AUGUGCAUCGACUAUUCCGAUCUAAACAAGGUGUGCCCCAAAGACUGCUACCCCCUGCCAGAAAUUGAUCAAAAAGUUGAAUCCUUGCAAGGUUUCAGUUUAAAAUGCUUCUUGGACGCAUAUAAGGGGUACCAUCAGAUCUUGAUGAGCAAAGAGGACGAGGAGAAAAUAGCUUUCUACACGUACCACGGGGCUUUCUGCUACACCAAGAUGCCGUUCGGACUGAAGAAUGCAGGGGCAACAUAUCAACGCCUUGUCGACUCUAUUUUCGCUAAACAAAUCGGAAGAAACAUCGAAGUAUACGUUGAUGAUAUGGUCAUAAAAGCCCAGAUGACAGGAGGCUACUGGAAGACGUGGAAUAAACAUUCAAAACAUUGGAGAAGGUCAUGA